CGCUGGCGUACUGACACCUCGCCACACCACACCAGCUAGCUACUAGCCCACUAGCGAAUAGCUUCACCACACACUCGCCCACAGUGCGUCAGCGCCGCACCCUCAACGCCUCAGGCCACUACCAAAAAGGGAAGGCUACAUAUUGAAGCUGACAACACUGCUGCUGCGUUUUUAUUUUUGAGUUUGGAAAAGCUAACGCUAGGUGUAGGCGUUCGUUUCUAUGUUGCUAUACCGAAUCAAUGCACCCAGGAAGGAAGUUCCUGUAAUGCUUAAAAGGACCAAAAUAUGGCAAAAUACUGUUAAAGCUGGCUCACCACCACUCAUAUUGAAGAAGGAGUUGAUAAUCUAAGGAGUAACAUAAACCAAAUUUUUGGUGACGGUUACUGGCUCAAAAUGCUGUUUACACUGGGACUUCUCCUCCUUCUCACACCAUUUCCCUCUCUUCAAACCCCCACCAAUCAGAAGAGAAACUCCACAGGAAAUGACCUAACUAAAACCAACAGCCCUUUCACCGUUCUGAAACCAAAAGCCAGCUCUGGUCCAACCAAAGCAACCGGGAGCCCCACCCUAAAGACAAAUAACAUCAAUCAGAUUGUUUUACCCACUCCUCUCCCCAACCAAAAACCUCCCGUGAUAAACACCACAGCAAGUGGCAGAAGCAAGCCCAACCCGGCUGUGAAUCCCACCACUAUGUCCACUCCAGUGAAGGCAUCCACAGCUAGUGGAUCGAUGAGCAAGAAAGACAAGCACACAGGCUUAGCUAAAUCCACACCAGCCAGCGAUGUGAAGCUUACAAAGAGCAACCCUGGACCCACUGGAACUGUGAAUGAUCAGUCAGCAACCGCAAGGUCUACAUCAGUCAACAGUGCUAAAAACACCAAAAAUAAAAUCCAACUUUCUGUCAAUCAGACUGCUUCAGAGAAAUCUCCUUCAACCAGCAGUGGGAAGAUUGCCAAAGUCAAGCCAGCCCCCACCGUAGUUCAAAAUACUCAGUCAACAUCCACAAAACUGGCCAGCAGCACCAAAACCACCAAAAACAAGCUGACAGCCUCCAUCAAUGAAACUGUUGUUACAAAAUCCCCCUCCACCAGUGAAAUGAAGAACUCUAAAGACAAGACUGUCCCCAAUGUCCAGACUGUUGCUACAGCUAGCAGUUCUACAGUUAACAAAGAUAGGACCAAACCGUCUGUCAAUCAGACCCUUGUAGUGAAGUCUCCUUCCACUGUUGAUGUAAAAAACUCCAAAGACAAUCCUGCCCCCACAGUACAGACUGCUCUCUUCAACCUAGCAAAGGCCUCUACAGCUAUCAUUUCUGCAGUUGUCAAAAAUAGGACCACACCCUCUGUCAAUGAGACUACUGUAGUGAAAUCAUCUUCUACUGUUGAUGUAAAGAACUCAAAAGACAAACCUGCAUCUACAGCCGAGGCUGCUCUCUCGAACCAAACAAAGACUACCACAUCCAGUAAUUCCGCGACUGUCAACGAUAAGGCCACGACUUUUGCUAACCACACUGAAGAAGUGAAAUCUCCCACUGCCGGUGCUAUGAAGAAUUCCAAAGUCAAACCAACCUCCACUGUCCAAACUGAUGCAUCCAUUCCUGCAAAGACCGCCGCUGCUGUCAAGUAUGUGUCGUCAGCCUCUGCAGAUCAGGCCCCCGUCACCAAGGCGCCCAGCAGCACCAAAGCAAAGACUGUUCCCGCACAGCCUAUUAAGGUGGUCAUCGCUAAUGACUGCGAGUCCAGCCACACCAAGGAGCAUGACAUAAGCCUAAAACCUGGUGCUCCCUUGGUCAUGACUCAUAAGAUCAGUUUAAUGCAUGGUGGCUGUGCUGGUGGAUGUGAGGCAGAGAUGGCAGAGUUGAAAGUCCGCUUGGCCCGUCUGGAGAGAGAGAUGUCCUCUCUGAAGGAGAAAUGUCCAUGUUCUGCAAAUUGUCCAAAUGAUUGUAGUGGCAAUGGGGAAUGUCAGAAAGGAAAAUGUGUCUGCCAGGAAGGAUUUCUGGGUCCAGACUGCAGUAAUUGUGCCCAAGGAGCUGAGUGUAAUAAAAGAGAAGCCAAGGGAACAAUCAAGGUCAAAGUGGACACAGUAGCCCAGAAGGUGAACAAAGAAAGCAGUACUGUCAAAGAAGAGGAAAGAACCGGCACAGCAGAGCAGCUUGAGAAGAAGGAGCAAAAGAAGGGGACUGAUGCCAAGGGGACGGACGCUAAGAUAGCUGUUACAGCUAAACUAGCUCUUGCAAAAGCACAAGUCAACCUUGAUGCUUCUGGAAAGAAAAUUACAAUAAAGGGUACCACAAAGACAACCAGUCCCACUGUUGGCCAAGCUUUGUUAAAGCAUGGAGUAAGAAAGCAAGAGGAGGCCCGCAAAGGAAAAAUUGCAGGACUGGCUCCUAAAAAGACUGAUCUUAAACUUGUCAAGGAAGUAAUCAAGGUUAAAUCCUUUUCCAAAUCUGACCAACUGAAAGAUGAACCUCAAAAUAACAUAACCCAGAUUGAUGCAACAACAACAAAAUCAAAUCACACAGCUAAAAUUGCAACAAUUCUUACCAGGAUUAUGGGAGCCAACAAAACCAAAGCUGGAAAAGACACCAUGGAGCAAUCCACACUAUUUGAAAAGAAUUCUACUCAACAUUCUGGGCCAAAACAGGUGAAGAAGGUCAAAGUAGAUCCUGUAUCUGAGCACUCGACUGAUGGCAAGACUGGACAGGGCAGACAUACAACUGAUGCUAGCAAGACAGAAAAAGGGAGGGAAACUACAAUAGUGCACUCUGUUGACUCUAAGACCGGUAAAGGGAGAGUUACAACUGUGCAAACUGCUGACGGUAAGAGUGAGCGACAAAGUGCAACUUUGCACACUGUCGAUAGCAGAAACACAGAUGCUAGCAGGACUGGAAAAGGGAGAGAUGCCAUCACUGUGCACUCUGUUGAUGGUAAAACUGGAAAAGGGAGACACACCACAACUAUUCACUCUGUUGAUGACGAGACUGGUAAAAAGAGGGAUAUAACAACAGUGCAUUCCGCUGAUAGCAAAACCGGAGAGGGAAGAGAUACAAGUGUGCAACCUGUGGAUGGAAAGACCGAUAAAGGGAGAAAUACCGUAACUGUACACUUGGGUGAUGGUAAGACUGGAAAAGGGAGAAACACCGUCACUGUGAACACUGAUGAUGGCAAACAAAGCAGACACACUACAACUUUGCAUCCUGUUAAUGACAGAAACACAGAUGCUAGCAAGACUGGACAGGGUAGAGAUACAAGGAUGCACUCUGUUGAUGCUAAAAUUGAAAAAGGAAGGGAUACUAUGACUGUGCACUCUGUUGUUGGCAGGACUGAGCAAGGCAGACAAACUACAACAAUGACAGAUGCUGUCAAGACAGGAAAAGGGAGUGAUACUGUAACGCUGCACUCUGUUGAUGGUAAGACUGGUGAAGGUAUGCGUACUACAACUGUGAACUCUGUUGACAACAGAAAAACAGAUACUAGCAAGCUUGGAAAAGGCCGAGACACCAUUACUGUGCAGUCUGUUGAUGGCAAGACUGGACAAGGAAUGGAUUCAGAAAUUGUGCACUCUGUGGAGGACACGACCGGACUAGGCAGAGAUGCCGUAAGUGUGCACUCUAUUGAUGGCACACACACAAAUGCCAUCAAGACCAGCAAAGGGAGGGUCACUCUAAGAAGUCAGCAUAUAGCAAAUGCAACUGUUGUAGAUGAAGUUAGGGUUACCAAUGGCGGCUCUGUGACUAGUACCAGAAGGACAGGAGGAUUAGGUUCAGUGAAGGUUAUGAACAUCUCCUCCCACAGCUUCAUUGUCACGUGGUCAGCACCACAAGGAAUGUUCAAGAACUUCACGGUGAUCAGAAGGGAGCCGCGAUCUGAAGGCGAUGAGGAGGACUUUGAGGAGUUUGAAGAGGAGGCUUUUGAGGGGGAUCUUGUCCAAUCAGCUAAGAAUACAAUGGAGGUCCAGAUGCACAAGGAGAUCACAACUUCUUCGGGUAAAGUUGUUGCAUCAAGAAGUAAAGCAGAAACCAAGAGGGUCAUGAUGGUGGUCCCUGGUAGUGUGCGAUCAGUUGAGUUCAGUAACCUUCGCGCUAGCACACGCUAUGUCCUGCACAUAUAUGGUACUGCUGCUGACAGAAGAUCCAAGAUUCACAGAGUUAUUGCAACUACAGGUCCUGAGGCAGCCACAGAUAUGGUUUUCAGUAAAAUCACAGAGACAUCAAUCACGAUGUCCUGGUCCAAACCAAAGAGCAUGGUCACAGGCUACACGGUCACGUACACCCACAUUGUCACAGGAGAAACGCGUUCCGUGAACUUGGACUCCCAUCAGACUCAUGUUGUUCUCUCCAAGUUGUCUGCUGGAUCAUCCUACAUAGUCACUGUAACCUCUACACAAGGCAAAGCCCAGAGUGAUGCUCUUGUGUCUAUUAUAACCACAGUGCCUGCACCUCCAACCCACCUCCGGGCCAUCAAUGUGACAGAUACCAGAGCAGUGCUGCAAUGGACCCCCAGCUUGGGGAAGGUGGACCGCUUCAUCAUCAGCUACGAGUCCUCCAAGACUCCUAAUGUAACUGUGACAGUGAUGGUGUCUGGAAGCUCCGUGGAGCACCAGCUGAGAGGCCUGCAGAGAGGCACCGUGUACACUGUCAAAGUACUCAGCCAGAAGGACAGCCUUCAGAGUGCAGCCAUUACAACAUCAUUUACCACUGCCAAUGUGGUCAAAGCAAGUGAAGUGGGUGCUCGCUCUGCACUGAUCACUUGGAGAAGUUCCACUGUAGUUUAUCACAGUUACAGAUUGAUCUACCAGGUUGUAGGAGAGGCAGCAAAGGAGCUUCUCCUGGAGUCCACCAUCACAGAGUAUAAGCUGUCAGGGUUGUUACCCAUGUCACGCUAUAAUGUUCUAGUACAAGGCGAGAAAGAUGGACAAUACACACCUAUUGUCACCACUGAAUUCAUCACAGGGAAGCUGCGUUUUCCAUACCCCACUGAAUGCUCUCAGGAGCUGCUGAAUGGAGCUCUUCAGUCAGGGGAGGUGGACAUCUACCCCCAGGGCAAGGACGCGCAGGUGGUGAGAGUCUACUGCGACAUGGAGACCGAUGGAGGCGGUUGGACGGUGUUCCAAAGAAGAAUGAGUGGAAAGACAGAUUUCUACAGAACCUGGAGUGAAUACAGAGGCGGCUUUGGAAACCUCAGUGAAGAGUUCUGGCUCGGAAAUGAGUUGCUGCACAACCUGAGCAGCAUCGGCCCUGUAAGUUUGAGGGUGGACCUGAGAUCUGGAAACGACACGGCUUAUGCUCACUACACCAACUUCUCCAUUGAUUCAGAGGAGAACCAUUAUGCCCUCAGCGUGUCUGGAUACACAGGAACAGCAGGGGACUCCAUGAGGUACCAUAACGGCCGUCCGUUCUCAACCUUGGACAAGGACCCUGAUUCUUUGGGGAUCCACUGUUCUCGGGCCUACAUGGGAGGCUGGUGGUAUAAAAACUGCUACAAAACCAAUCUCAAUGGACUCUAUGGCAUCAACACUAACAAUCAGGGAGUGGUAUGGAUAGACUGGAAAGGUAAAGACUCCUCCAUUCCCUUCACUGAGAUGAAAUUCAGACCAUCCAGGUUCUCUCCUGCAACACACGGCUAAGGGGGAUGGCACAUUCUUGGGCUGUCUGAACUGAACAACUUCCAGCUAAGAAUGAGUGUUCCAGAACUCUAAAUGAAAUGUUGUUGCUGGCCACUCUUCCCAAGUUUGUUUUGAGGACUCUCCACAAGUGUGUUCCAACUCAGCAGGGUCAUUUCUCUGUCGAGAACUACGUUUUGUUCUACUUCUCACCCACUUCAACACGGUGUUGUUUUGACUCGUCUCACUACUACUGUAAAUAUGCACUGUCUCGCUCUGUUGAUAGCAAUGUGGCUGUUGU